GAUCGAAACACGGUUUUUGUAAACAAAUCGUGCAAAGUUUGUUCAUUCGAUUGGUUUUCUCCCGCUUAACAAUGGUGCGCAGACUGAGAAAGACGAAGAAAAACCAAAAAUACGACUACAGCCGCAAUCGGAAACGACUGAACGCUAAAGAUCGUCGCAAUGGCAAGGUUAAAUGUCCCGAGAUCCGCAAGCAGUACGAACCGAACAAAGUGCCGGCCCGGAACAUUCGCGAAAUGGGACUGGCGUAUGACGUGAACCGAGUUUUACCGAUCCCGAACGCCAAGCGGAUGAUGAAGCAGAUGGAAGCGGCACUCAGUGAAGAAACCAGCGAAGUGGUACCAACCGAGAACGAGAAGAAAACGAAACGGCCGGCGCGGAAACAACAUGUGGCCGACCAGCUGGAGGAAGAUGCGAAAGAGUUUUCGGGUAUCCGGUUCCGGCUUCCGCGGCCGCAAGUACGUCAGAUCACGAUGAUGGUCGAUCGGUAUGGGUUCGAUUACAACGCGAUGGCAAAGGAUCGGCGCAACUACGAGCAGGAAACGUGGCGUCAGUUUCGGGCAAAAGUGCGUCGCUUCCUCAAGAUACCGGUCCAGUGCACGCCGUAUCUAGAGCGGAAGGGUUGGCUCGACUGUGAUAUGUCCGAUGCGACCGAUUCACGGUGGAAGGAGUUCUGCACGGACGAUGAGGCGUAGGAGCGCACUCUGUUUUGGCGUAGCGCGGAACGCCGGCCGCAGCAUUUUUGUACCCUUUGGAUUUUGUAUAUUGAAAGAAGCAUUAUCACGAGUGACGCAGAAAACUGUUCCAUUGUUAUAUCGGAAUUCAGUCAAUGUGCACUCAAAAAAGAUGAAUAAA